UGGAGCUAACUGAGGCAUGGACAGAUUCAAUGAGUAUUCACCAUAUCCUGACACAUUUUAUAGCAGACCAUAUCUCUCCUCAACUCCAGAUGUUCUGCAGUCGAGAAGGUACAGAGACUUGAACAUGAACCACAGUUUGAGCAGCUUAGGCAGAGGGAGUGUGUUUGGGGAGAGGAUCACAUUUGGAUCACCCAGUUACCCCUCCCCUCUUGACAGAAUUCGAGCUGAUAGAGCAGAUCUCAGAUAUGCUGCAGAGCUCAAUGGGGUGAGAGAAUCCUCAUUUGAAAUAAACCAGUCCUUUCCAAAGAUGACAAAAACGGCCAGAUGUCUGGACGAAACUAUGGCAAAACCAAAGGCCAGGAAACCCAGUUCAAAGGAGAAGUAUGAAUUAGGCUGUGAAUUCAAUGAUGUAAGCUUCAGUCCAGGUCAGAGCAAGAGUUCCUUUACCUGUGAUCUCCACCCCGAGAGACAGAACUGGUCAUUUUACAGCUACAUAGGAGGGGGUCAGUCAGGGUCGGUCUAUCCAACCACCAUACAUAAUCCAAAUAAAGCCAUCUGUACCAUUGACUCAUUGUCGUCAGAGAUUUUGAUUGCCAAUGACAUGGCCUGUGAAUUAUUUGGGUAUGAAACAGAGGAACUUUUGGGCAAAAAGCUUAAAGAUUUAAUCAAGCUAAAACCCAAGGAGCAGGCCACAAUACUGGAAUGCCAUUUUGAUGAAACAUCAGGAAAUAUUGUCAGUCUUGCUGGCAAAGUGGUGGAUGCUGUUGAUAACAAUGGACUAGUCAUGCCAAUAUCUGUGUGGGUCAAAAGGUUGGACCAAGAAAAAGAACAGAGAGCAUUGGUUGUCAUGGAACCAGUUGAGAGAACUGUUGCUAUGGUGACAUUUAAUGAUGAGGGAAGAAUUUUGUCCUGUGACCAUCAGAUGGCAUACUUGUAUGGGUAUUUUUCACCAGAUGACCUGGAAGGCCUCAAAAUUAAACAGUUGAUUCCUUCCCUAAAAUUACCAGCUGCAGGAAAGCCAUUAGAAAAGGAAAUAAGAAAACAGAGAGCAACUGGGAGAACAAAGGAUGGAGCCUCUUUCCCUCUCAGUCUGUCAAUCAAGUUGGCAACAGAGGUGGAAAAUUCCAGCUACGCAUCUGCAGGAGGUCUCCAUGAUGAUACCGAAAAUAUUUAUGUCGGUAUUUUGUGGGUGUUUUCCAACAUUAGUGGCCUUGUUACGUUGCUUCCAGAUGGAACUAUUAACAGUAUCAAUGAAAAUUUUGCCCUAAUGCUGUUUGGGUAUUCUAGUGCAGAUCUCAUAGGGAAGGAUAUUUCAAUUUUGAUUCCUGAUUUUUACGACAUCUUGGAACUUGAGGAGAACUCGGAGGCUGGCAGUUAUCACAGUGAACUGAACAACUCAAACCCUUCACCAGAGAACAGGAAAGAUAUACAGGAAGUGGACAGUAGUGAUGACCAGGGUAUAGGGAGCAGUAUUACCUCUAACCAUUGUCCCCCUGUAAUAGACAGUCACCCACUGCUGGGUCCAGGGGUCACCUCCACCCCCAACAGAGCUCAGACUGUUUCAUUCUUCAGGAGAGGAUCUGAUAAAGGAUCAGGGAGUGAGAUGGAAAUCUCCCCAUUAGCUGUAGGACUGAAGGAAGAUCUGAUUGGUAGACUAGAAUUGAGUGACAGCGAGGAGGAGGGGCCUUUUGUUGACACGGCAGCCACUCCUGUAAUCAGAACAGAUGCAAGGUCACCAGAAAACAACCACAGUAAUGUAUCUAACUCCAGUACUGAGACAGUUCCAACAGCAAGGGAGGUCACCAGAAAUGCAGCGGUGAUACAGGAAGCAAAAGAGAAAGAAGACUUUUCUCCUCCUAGUAAAAUUUCUGAAGAUAAUGUGGAUGGUGAAGAGAAGACAACUUUGGGGGAGGAACUUAACCAAAAAGUGAAUCGAUCUGGACAGGUGGAAAAGAUAGUUGUAAACUGUGUGGAAGAUAAAAUUUCUGUAGUGUGUAGUUCUAACGAUAAAGAAUCCGAGCCUCAGGAGCCAGCAACAUCAGCACAGGCUCCAGUUAGGAAUAAAGAAAGCACUGAAAACUCGUCAGAAAUGGCAACUGACUGUGACCAUGUUAUUGCUGACAGGACAGAAUUUCUCCAGACACUUCAAGACACAAGUAAAAUUUUGAUGGAGAUUCAGUCAAGUAUUGGAGAUAGACAGCCUGUUAAUGACCAGAAGUUACACAAAGACAAUAUUGAAAGAGAAACAAGUAGAGAGGUGCCAAAAAUUGUAGAGACAGAUGAUAAACAUCAUGAGAAACAAGAUCUAAAUGUAUCAAAUUCUACAGUAGAGCUGUUAACUGCUGAUGUGGAAGUGUUAGAUUUAGGUGAUUCAGGUUGUACAGACAGGGAUGUUAAGGGAGAAAGGGAAUCCACUUUUGGGGACAAAUCAGGGACAUUAGCAGACAUUAGCAGCAGUGUUCAUUCUAGUGCUAUUUUAAAAGACAUUUCCGGGGAGAGUCUCAAGGAAGAUUUAUCUUUCCCUGCAAGUCAUGACUACAUUCCAAAGUGCAAUACAGAAUGUGUUACAGAUGAUAUUACUAGUAGUUCAGUGGAAAAUUCUGUUGAUUAUGUAGAGAAUGUACACCAUUCACUAGGUCACCAAAUUAGGAACAACUCCUGUCAUUCCAGUGGCCACAGCACUGACCACCGGCCCACCAGUGAGUCGUCAUGUGAUCCAUUGUCCAGUUACAACCACAGCAGCUUUCUGACCGACAGUGUGAGUUUUCAUGAGAGAGAUAGUGGGUGCAGUCCAAGGAAACAUAAAAGGAGGGACAGAAAAACAAAUCCCUCUAAUCAACACAGCUCCUACUCCUCAACAAGUCAGUCUAUGGCACUCCCAGAGGGUUCAUAUGCUGGGCAAGGAAAACAUAAAGACAGGUCCUAUUUAGGGAUAAUAUUCCAGAUUAAGCGUGUAACAUUGGAAGAUGGGAGUGUCAGAUACUGUAUGUGGGUGUCCAGAGAUCCCGAGGAGCCGGCCGAGGGAGGCAGAUCUUUUGCCAAUCUUACCCUGGCCACAACUCUCAACAGCACCAUGGACCGCUCAGGCAACUUUAGUCUGGGAGAUUUACUGACAGAAAAAGCUUGUUCUGAAUCAAAAGUGGAAAAUAAGGAGGAUGACUUGUCCCCCAGGAGUGUAGAGGAGCAGGUUGAGGAGGAUGGACCCUCCCCAGGGAGGGGGCUUUAUGACAUUAAAUAUCACACCCUUAAUGCAAUUGGCAAGGGAGCUUUUGGAUUUGUGAAGUUAGCUAGGAGAAAAAUUGAUGAAGAAGAGGUUGUGGUGAAGUUUAUCAAGAGGAAUAAAGUGUUAUCAGAAUGUUGGACAGUGGACCAGAGAGGCCAAAGGUUACCACUGGAGGUGUCGCUUCUGAAAAUGCUGCAUCAUCCAAACAUUGUCAGGGUACUUGAGGUGUUUGAGAAUGAUGACUUCAUCCAGAUGGUCAUGGAAAAACAUGGCAGUGGUAUGGACUUGUUCGAGUUCAUUGAUCGCUCACCACUGUUAGAUGAGGCACUUGCCAGCUAUAUUUUCAGACAGAUUGUAGAUGGAGUAGCCUACUUACAUAACCUAAACAUUGUCCAUCGAGACAUCAAGGACGAGAAUGUCAUUCUUAAUGAGGACUUCCGGAUAAAGUUGAUUGACUUUGGAGCUGCAGCUUACAUGGUGCCAGGGAAACUGUUUGGGACAUUUUGCGGCACUAUGGAAUACUGCAGUCCUGAAGUCUUGUUGGGAAAUAGAUACCAGGGACCAGAGCUAGAAAUGUGGUCAAUAGGAGUUACUCUAUACACACUGGUCUAUGGAGAAAACCCAUUCUUUGAUGUAGAAGAGACCAUAAAAGGAAAACUUAAACCUCCAUUCCAGGUUUCAAGAGCUCUAACACAUCUACUCUCUGGACUCCUAAACCCCAGUCCAGCCAAGCGAUUAACCAUAAAGGAUUGUCAGAGAGACAUAUGGACUAAUCAACCAGUUGAUCCUACACAGUACUCCUGGCAGGAAGUUCUGCCGAACUGCGAAUUUCAUGGAAACACUGCCUCGGACAACAGAAUGGAUUCUCCAGAGUCCAAGCAGAACUCGAAGGUAGCUGCCCCGAGCCACACAGACAGAUAUAUUGACAAAGUGUAUAGGGAUGAGGACUAUGUUCAAACUGUCCCUCCCUUCUCCCCUCCAAGUUAUCAGACACAUACCCUGAACUCUAAAUAUAGCUCCAUUGUAGAUGUUUAGCAGUGACUAAAUGUGUAAAUGUCAGUUGGAGGGAAAAGUGCUUCCUCUUUCAGUUUUCCAUUAUGGCUGUUGGGGAAAAAAGUAUUAAUUGUGUACAUGGUAGUAGAGAUUAAAAAACAGGAGCUUAACAUUAAUUUGAUGAUUAAUCAAAAUACUUCAAAGUUUACAGUUAUACAUGUAUAUGUUGUGUUUCGUCAUUUAUGAUGUAUAUUGUGCCACAUUUUACUUGUAUUUAUCCUGGUGCUGUUUAUUUUCCCCUGUAGCAGUUUAUUUUUUUUUUAAAGGUUGGAUUGAAUUUUAGUCUUAUAGUUUACAUUAAAGUUGUGUGAAUAUUAUAGGUGUAAGAACAUAGCAAUAUAAAUCUAUGCAAUAUGUCUACAAUUUUUUUUAAACUUUGUUGUUGUUGACAUUGCAUGUUCUACUUGCAUUGUCAUUUGUGCCAUGGUUGAAAUUGUACUUUAGGAUUACAACGGUUUCUUCAAAAACAUGGACAAUAAUUUUAAAAUGUAUCACAUCCUAAUUGUUUUCGGUUUAUUGUAGUACAAUAGAAACUUAUAUUCAUUUUGUUUGGUUUUAUUGUUUUGAAAAGAGGUAGUUCUCAUCUAUGAAAUUUGACUUCCAAAACUUUAUAUCUCAGUGAAAAUAUUAAUU